AUGCCUCACAAGACCCUCACCCGCGACGAGGUCGCCAAGAACAACACUGAGGAUUCACUUUGGUUUGUUAUUGACAGCAAAGUGUACGAUGUUACAGACUUUGUAGACGCACAUCCGGGUGGAGAGUCUGUACUCAGACAAGUCGCUGGAACCGAUGCAACCGAAGCCUUCUAUAACCUCCAUCGGCAGGAAGUCCUCCAAAAAUACUCGAACCUCUGCAUCGGCACAGUUGAGGGUGAGAAACCAAAUGUCAUCGAGCAAAAGCCAGGAGACUUGAGCGUUGUUCCGUACGGCGAACCAACAUGGCUUACCUCUCAAUUCAAAAGCCCAUACUUCAAGGAGAGUCACAGGAAGUUGCAGAGGGCCUUGCGAGUGUGGGUUGAUACUGUGCUAUACCCAGUUGCACAGGAGUGUGAGAAGAGUGGCAAACACAUCCCGCAAGAGAUCAUUGAUGAUAUGUCCCGAAAUGGAAUUUUGCACAUGAAGAUCGGUCCAGGAAAACACUUGCACGGUGUGAAUUUGAUGGGUGGUGUUAUGAUGGGAGAUGAUUUUGACUAUUUCCACGACAUGAUCGUGGGCCAAGAGCUUACGAGGGUCAAUGCGAGAGGAUUCCAGGAUGGAAAUAUGGCCGGGAUGACUAUUAGUUUGACGGCUGUUCUGCAAUGGGCAAACGACGAUGCGUGGAAGUACGAGAUUGCCGAGGAGGUGCUAUCGGGGAGGAAGAAGAUGUGCCUUGCUAUUACAGAGGCUUUUGCUGGCUCUGACGUCGCUGGAAUCCGAACCACGGCUGAGAAGACGAAGGAUGGAAAGCACUAUAUCGUGAACGGCACGAAGAAGUGGAUCACGAACGGAGUGUUCUCUGACUACUUUGUCACUGGUGUCAAGACUGACAUGGGAACCUUUCCCAGCGUCAAUAUCGGUGAGAUUAAAGCGGGCUUCUUGGUCUCGAGAGCCUCCGUCUUAAUGGAGUUCUUCGCACCAGAAAAGGGACUAUCUGUCGUUUUGAUCGAGAGAGGAGAGGGCGUCGAAACCUCUGCCAUCAAGACAAGUUACUCUCCCGCAGCAGGUACUGCCUACGUAACAUUCGACAACGUCAAAGUGCCCGUCGAGAAUCUUCUCGGCAUUGAGAACAAGGGAAUCCAAGUCAUCCUCUCCAACUUCAACCACGAGAGAUGGAUGAUGGUGUGCGCCGUGACACGUAUGAGUCGCCUCGUGACUGAAGAGUGCAUGAAAUGGAGUAACCAGAGACUGGUUUUUGGAAAGAAGUUGAUUGAACAGCCUGUGAUACGACAGAAGCUUGCGAAAAUGAUUGCUCAUUGUGAAGCAAACCAGGCUUGGCUAGAGAACAUCACUUACCAGAUGACUCUGAUGCCCUACAAGGAACAGUCAAUGCAUCUCGCUGGCCCAAUCGGUCUGCUGAAGAUGUUCGCUACUCGUUCUGCACAUGAGAUUGCAGAUGAAGCUGUUCAGAUCUUCGGUGGAAGAGCCUUGACACAGACUGGAAUGGGGAAAACAAUCGAGAUGUUCCAUAGGACAUAUAAAUUCGACGCUAUACUCGGUGGAGCUGAAGAGGUUCUUGGUGAUCUUGGUGUUAGGCAGGCCAUUAAGAACAUGCCGAAGAGCAUGUUGUAA